UAUAAAUCAGUGCAUUUCAGUUGAUUUCAGUGACAGUGGACAACAGUGGACAGUGUGAAUUGUAAAUAAAUCUUAAAUACAAAAGAUAAAUGUAGAGAUUAAUAAAGUAGUUAAUAAUUAAAAGGGUAGAUAAUAAUUCAAAUAGUACACAACAAUGUCGGAAUAUGAUAAAGUAAGAACAGGGAAAUUAGUUUUGAAAGGUGAAAAAGUAAGAUCAAAAAAACGUAAAUCGAAAAAACAAGAAAAGGAACAUGUUACUACCACAGACGAUAAAGACACUAUAGUUCAUGGUGGAUGGUGGAAAGCCACACAAGUAUCAGAAGUGACAGGAACAGUGGCCAUUGAGUUUGGGAAUAAUACUUAUAUGAAAGCUUUAGAUAAUGGAUUAUUUACCUUGGGUGCUCCUCAUAACAAUGGUGAAGGACCUUCUCCAGAAGAAAUCUUGACAGCAUUUCCAAUUGGUGAAACAAAAGUUGCAUUAAAGUCGGGCUAUGGAAAGUACUUGGGUGUUGAUAAGAAUGGUGUUGUUGUUGGAAGAAGUGAUGCAGUGGGCAUGAUCGAACAAUGGGAGCCAAUUUUCCAAGAUAACAAGCUUGCUAUCUUAAACAGCAAUAAUUGUUUCAUAUCAUUGACAGAGGAGGAUGAUAUUGUUUGUCGAAAUAAGACUGCUGGAUCAUCAGAAUUUUGUACUAUAAGGAGUAUAAUUCAAAAGACUCAAGAUCCGAAUAAAGAUAUUCCAAAAGAAGAGCAAGGUUCCCUACAAGAUGUUGAAGUAAACUAUGUGAGGAAGUUCCAGAAGUUUCAGGAUAAGAAAUUGAAGAUAUGCAAAGCGGAUCAUACAGAAUUAGAAAAAGCAAAGCGUGACGGAACUUUGCAUGAAACUCUAUUGGAUAGAAGAAGUAAAAUGAAAGCAGAUCGAUAUUGUAAAUAAUUUUAUACCAUAAGUGUGUUAUGUAUUUUAAGGUAUACUUGUACAUUUUAAUUAAUGGAUCUGUACGAAAUGACUAAUUUUGAAAA